UGGUCAGUGCUGCUGNGGGCGAAGCGGUUGUCGAGCGGUGGCGCGGAACAGCCGCAUCAGCGUCAGAGUUCAUCGUCUGCGGGCGCUUUCGCUGCAGGACCAGUGGCUCAUCUGAGGAUGCAUAGAAGCUCAACGAACUACAUGGACAAGCAUCCGAUCGUGAGGAAUCCAGUGCAUAGCGAUGCGGUGGGUGCGUUGGCACCUGUGCGGCCGGGUAUGGUGAUUAGCGGGAGUAGGGAUAAGGUGAUCGCAUUGAAUAAUAUCGAUACGGGCGAAUGCGUGCUCAGGUGGUACGGGCAUGAGAAGGAAGUUACUAAGUUGGUCUAUCGAAACGCGGGUGGAAAACACUAUAUUUUGAGUGGUUCGCGUGAUACAACGCUUAAAUUGUGGCAAUUCAACUCACCACAAACACUGCACACCUUCACUGGACACGAGAUGAGUAUUACGGGUCUGGCGAUGCUCGAUGGUGAGUUGGUUAACUGA